GACCCCAAAAGUACUCAAACUUCGUCGGAAGAACCUUCUAUCUCAAGUCAUCAACUCAUCAUCGUCUUCUUCUUCUAUAUAUCCGCAACUUUUUCUCCAUUUCUCACUCUUCCCAAAUCACGGAAUUACUUUCCCUCAUUCUUCGCCUUCAAUUUCAAGGGGAGAGUUGUCGUUGCUGCCGCUGCCGCUGCUUUGAGAAGUAGUGCUGGUUAUAUUUUGUAGUUGGUGUUGUAUUUGGAGAGGUUUUAAAGAUGAGUGAUAACUUGAUGGAUAAAGUGACCUCUUUGGGUGAGCGUCUAAGGAUCGGUGGGAGUGAGGUUAGUAAGAAAAUGAGUGCUGGUGUGAGUUCUAUGAGUGACAAAAUGAAGGAACUAUUCCAAGGGCCGAAUCAGGCAGAUAAGAUUGUUGAAGAGGCGACUGCAGAGACCCUCGAGGAUCCGGAUUGGGCCACUAAUCUUGAGAUAUGUGAUAUGAUUAAUCAGGAGAAAGUCAGUAGUAUUGAGUUGAUUCGAGGAAUUAAGAAACGGAUUAUGUUGAAGAUUGCGAGGAUUCAGUAUUUGGCUUUGGUCUUGCUUGAAACUGUUGUUAAGAAUUGUGAGAAGGCAUUCUCUGAGGUCGCGUCUGAAAGGGUUCUUGAUGAGAUGGUAAAGUUGAUUGAUGACCCUCAAACUGUUGUUAUGAAUAGAAAUAAAGCACUUAUGUUAAUCGAAUCCUGGGGGGAGUCCUCAAACGAGCUUAGAUACUUGCCUGUUUUUGAAGAAACAUACAAGAGCUUGAGGUCAAGAGGAAUUCGGUUCCCAGGGCGUGAUGAUGAGAGCUUGGCGCCUGUAUUUACUCCUGCACGCUCUGUCCCCGAAGCAGAUGUUAAUGCAAGUCUUGAACAGCAUAAUGUUCCUGUACAAGGCUUCUUAGCUGAAGACUCAAAAGAAGCAUUUAAUGUGGCUAAGAAUAGCAUCGAUCUACUUUCAACUGUUUUAUCAUCUUCUCCUCAACAAGAUGUACUGCAGGAUGACUUGACUACAACGCUGGUACAGCAGUGUCGACAGUCCCAGUUCACUGUUCAGAGAAUCAUUGAGACCUCUGGUGAUGAUGAGGCUCUCCUUUUUGAGGCCCUUAAUGUAAACGACGAGAUCCAGAAAACCCUUUCCAAAUAUGAAGAUAUGAAAGAGACCUCUACUGUCCCGUCAGUACCAGAGGUAGCUACAAUUCCAGUUGCUGUUGAACCUGAGGAGUCACCACAUGCUGGCAAAGAAGAUGCACUUGUUAGGAGACCAGCGGGAUCCCGAGGCAAUUCUCACGGUGGACAACAUGAUGACAUGAUGGAUGAUCUAGACGAGAUGAUCUUUGGCAAGAAGUCUGGUACCAGUACCACAUCAGAUGUUAGCGGCAUCGAGCCCAAGAAACCAGAGUCAGCAAAAGACGACCUCAUUUCCUUCUGACCUUUACAUCUAUGAUUGGGGGGUUUAUCUUGGUGUUCUAUAUUGGUGUUUGAUGUCGGACAUUUGUUUGAGACUAACAUGAAUAUAUGCAUAAGAACUUUAUAAAUGUGAGAAGAAUUUUAUUGUGUCUGGAGUAGCCGCUCUUCUGUAAGUAGAUUCAUCUUGGAUACUUUGGAUUGUAAAUCCAGUAAUCUUUAAGUCAUUAGGAGUUGUGCUUUCGUUUUGCAUGAAUUUUAUGUAUUGUGCCAUUCGUCGAUUA